GGAGAAGACAAUGUGAUUUCGUGCAAUUUCCUUGUCACAGCACGUAUAAGCAAAGAUGUACUAUUCCGAUUUUCCCCUUUGCAGGUUCGUCCAGUGGUUCCAGGUGGUCAGGUUUCCAGAAAGUAUGCUGCACUUCGAGCGGUCGGCAUUGUUUCCACCCUCACUUCUGCCGGGCUUUUGGGCUAUCGUUUGUUUGUAUCCAUUCCACAAUAUGAUGGACCAGAAGCUAAUAUGCGGGGCAAGACCGUUCUGGUUACAGAAGCUACAGCCCGUCCUACCCGUGACCUUCUUCGAAACUUGGCUGAACGAGGAGCUCAUUUAAUCCUUACUUCGUCGGAUCCUGACGCGUGUACAAAGGCUCGUGACAAAAUCCUGCGAGCCACCAACAUUAGUGGCAGCCGCGUUGAUUGCAGGCAGUUGAAUCUGGAUAGCACGGUUUCAAUUCGUCGGUUCGCUGCCAGCCUGUUGGCCGAUUACCCACGCAUUGAUCGCGCAGUAUUACAGUCUCCAAGUUGCGUGACUGGAAUCGUGGCUGGAAAGUGGCGCCCCACUCACGAAGGCUUCGAGUAUCAGUUAGGUACCAAUUAUUUCUCCACCUACCUACUUACCCGACUCCUUUGGAAUCGGUUAGAUGAAAAUGGGUCUCGCUUGAUUCUUGUGGUGGAUACGGAUGCAGCCAGUGAAGCACGGACUGAAGCUCCUCAUCGAACAGCUGGGCAGGUCGAAUUACCGAUCAAUGACUUAAAUUAUGACAAGGAGGAAAAGUAUAUACCGAAGAAGGUAUACCAGAGGUCCCAGUGGUUUCUGGAACUAUUUGCAGACGAGUUAUCACGUCGCACUGGCAAUGACAGUGGAGCGUCCGUUUUUAUUGCCAAUCCUAAUAUUUCCCGAGGAACUGCACCGAAAUCACCCACUGUAGAUAUAAAUAAAGAAGGUUUCCAAGGCCUGUACCACAGGCUGACCGACUUCGCGGCUCGACUGAUCAAGCGUCGCACGGCCACAACAGCUUUGUUUUGCGCAGUUGCUGACCCUUCAGUUCUUGAACUGACCGGAAACGGGGAAAGAACUCAUACCACAGAUGCGUCUCAGAAUCGACCAAAUGUGCGCAGUGCCCCUUUAUACCAAGAUCUUCGACUGAUUUCCUCCUCUGUUCAUCCUUCGAAGGCGAAAGAUGAUUGCCUCACAGCUGCUUCUCUGCUUUGGGCUGUGAGUGAAAAAUGGACACGUCUGGACACAAAUCCAGAGCCUUUGCCACUUCCAAAGCGCCCAGAAGUGAUUGACAAUCCGCCCCAUAUAAUUGAUAAUAUGCGUUCCCAAAAUCCGGUUGCCUCGUAAAUGUUUAGCCCCAUUAGUGCUUAGUCUGUAUAGUUUGAACAUGUACAUCAAUCGGCUUUUGUGUCCCAAUAUUUACUAUCGGGCUCCAGUUUACAUGCAAUGCGAAAAUUUCAGUUAGAAAAC